CUCUCUGUGUCAACACAUUGUAUUUGCCACAGAAUGAGUGUACACGCAGACAAGAGCGACUCGAGUCCGGUGCUGUCAGACAGGGCGGACCCUGAGGGGGGAAGGGGAGUCGCCGAGACGGCCGUCGUCGAGGGAGUUGCUGAUAACGAAGCCUACGUUCCAGACGCCAAUGCUAAGGAGCGGACUGAGAUGCAGAGCAUGAAGUCAGUGACGUACAACAAGCCAGAGGGCAACGUGGAGGACACGACCAGCAUCAGAGACCUGGCCAUCAAGUAUGCUGCCAAGUCAACCGUGCACGGACUACCUUCAACAGUGGCCAAUUCCAUAUACACUGGUCAAAGAUGUUUUUGGUUUCUCAUGGUGUUCUCAAUGGCGGCGUCUCUGAGUGUAGUGAUAGGCAUGCAGUUAAAGAGCUACUAUGAGUGGCCAACUGUCAUCAAUAUACAGGAAACCCCCAUGAGUGCCUUUGACAUUCCGGAAGUGACGAUAUGUGGCCAGGAACCAAUGGCAUUCACCUUUUACAGUGACGUGUGGAAGGAUAAAGUUCAAGAUUUCAGAAUGAUGAACCUUGCUGUCCACACAGAGACACUGGUGCUGUCGAAUGCCCCUGGCUGUAAUGAUACUGACCAAUCUGGCCAGUGUUUGCUGGACAAGGCUAACAGCACAGAACGAACUCGACUUCUUACGUCAUCUCUGGACAGAGGCGGCUGGAACUUCCCUGAUUCUGAGUUUUACAAGAAGGUGGUGACAGACAUGGGCGUCUGCAACACGUUCAAGACGUCGGAGCUUCUGAAGGUUCUUGAGGCAAAGAAUGUCAGUUUGGAUUCAGCUGAAGUGCCGUUGGAUAUCGUGUUAGCUGUGAAACCUAGUUUCACCUGGUCGUUCCCGGGACACAGAGUGGGUUUACAGGUCACUCUUCAUACGAAGGAUGAAACACCGUUUCCAAGAAAGAAAAAAGUUUUCGUACCCGUCAACACCAGCUGUCGCAUCAAGUACAAAAAAACCAUUAGAAGGGCCCUGACAACACCAUACAAGUCGUUCACGGGAGAGCAGUGCAUAGACACGGAAGUUCCCAGCUUCGUGAACCCUCUGACUAGAUACAGCACAUACACCGAAGAAUCGUGUCUUGCCGAGUGUUUUGUCAACUUUACCAUCGCCCAUUGUGGAUGUCGGUAUUAUCUUCAUCCAGGUGAUGAGAAGAUGUGUUCAUCGAAGGUCACGCCCAGGUGUAUGGAAGAAUCAAGUGGAUUGUUUGGUCAGCACAACAAGAGGUGUAACUGUACCGCGCCGUGUGUGGAGACCGAGUUUGAUUCCUAUCUCUCCAGCAGUGAGAUAGUCAAGCCAGAGUAUCACAUGAUCCACCUGGAGUUGAUGAGUGCAGCUGCAGUAAAAACUGAAAUCCUCCAAGUACCGGUAUACUCCCUGGAGACAAUACUGGGUUCUAUCGGUGGAAUGAUUGGGUUGUUUAUGGGCUUCAGUCUCGUGUCCCUCAUGGAGUUUGUGGAACUCAUCGUGAUCGCAGUCACUCAGUGCUGUGCCUGCCUCAAACACAAACGUCGUCCUUGACCUUUCCACAGCUGUCCCCACCACGACGAAGAGUCUUAUUUUUUAAGUUGAGGGUAUGAAACCAAAUAAUAACCAAAACAUGUUCAGCCAGAAAGGCGACAUGCUGUACAAAAUAGAGGGAUAGAAGUUUCAUUGGGAGAGAAAAUGCGUACAGGUUGAAGUUUGAAGACGGAUUCAUGAACAAAUAAACGAAAAUAUACACAAUUAUGCGCAAGAGAAUAUUAUACGUUAAUGUGACCUUAAUAAAAAACAUUCAAACUUAGAAUAUGUGUACAAUGCAUACAUUACUUUAUUGUGGUCAACAGUUUCGGGAAAUAUAUGUUACUGAUUUAUGACAGUUAAAUAAAAUGUAUUUAUCAAUCA